AUGGCCAAUGCGCCACGCCGGUCAACCGGAUGCAUCACUUGCCAGAAGCGCAAGAAAGGGUGCGACAAGACUCGACCACAUUGCCAACGGUGUAUCAAGGCAGGUUUGCCAUGCGGAGGAUAUCCGCGAUCCCACGGCCUCGUCUGGGUCGCCUCUCAGAAGGCCACUGAAGAAGAAAGCUCUGCUCAAGCCGCCGCUGUCCCAGGAGUCCUAUCGUCUAAGGGGCCUCGAGCAGCAGAAUCCAUCUCACACAAGAAAACUAAUGCCAAUAUCAUAUUAAUAGAUGGGCUGGCGAGAUCAGCCAGAGAACAGCUCUACCUCGGCGCCUUUGGCUCUGCCAUAUUGCCAGGCGGCCGCCGCUACUCACCCAUCGCAACUAAUUUUGGCGUUGUUGGCUGGACCAACUUCAUUUCCGAGUUAAUCGGGACGGAAACAUCGCUGAAAUAUGCCUCCAUUGCUAUUGGCGCGGCAUUAGUAUCGUCAGACAGUCUGGAUACACACCUACGCGUGAAGAGUAUCCAGAGCUACAACAGGGCAGUCCACGAGGUUGCAAAGGCGUUGAAAAAGCCGGACUGGCAUCGGCACGAUGGACUUUUGGCAACGACUCGGCUUAUGUCAUUUUACGAGGUUCUGUUUCCUCCGAUUGACAAAGCACAUACACUGGCUUGGAGAGGACACUACGAGGGACUGCGGGCAAUGAUACUCGCUCGAGGUCCCCAUUCGUUCGUCUCUGGUGCGGCACACCAGGUCUAUAGCGAUUCUCGAAUCAGCAUGAUUAUUCUCGCCAUCUACAAGCGACGGCGAUCGCCAUUUAGUACUGGCCUGUGGAAAACUGUGCCCUGGUCUGUGCAGAAAAAGUCCAUCAAAGACGAGUUGCUGGACUUGGUGGAAGAAAUGGCUACUCUGUUAGAACAAGUCGACGCAUUCAGGACGCUUCAUCCCGUAGGAGCCACAAAAUACUUGGAGAAAAGAAUCCUUGAUCAAUGCGGCGAGCUCGAGCUCGAUUUUGCCAAGUGGGAACAACGAAUGUCACCAGAUAUCGAAAAAUUUGACUACACGGCGACAGAAAACAAGUCUUUACCGGUACCAGACGACGACGCGGCAUGCUCGCUCCUCCAUCUCAGUAUCAUAUACUGGAUUUCUAUGAUGAUGCUGUACUCGAUCGUAAACUACUUUCGCCCCAGAUUGCAGGAUGGCGGGGACAAGAGCGCGCAAGAUGCUGCAAGUAGCGAAAAAUGUCACGAAAAGACCGGCUGCGGCACAUUUGCGAGCCGGCCGCCGAAAUGUCCCCGUGUGUACGCAUUGAAAUGUCUCCGUGCCAUGCACCUUUACUUUGAGGGCGACGGCGGCUUCAUUGGACGUGUCUCCGGCCUGUUGACACUCGGCUUUGCCGCUCGGUACUUUCUCAACGAGAUGCCAAAAGAAAAGAACGAUGACGAAACGGAGUCGUUUGCAAAAAUACUUGACACUAUGGUUUUUGGGACUCCGGUACGACAUUUGCUCGCUCAACUAAGUGGAGGGAAGCUUCCCACCAAUGCGAAUGCCGGUGCUAAUGGCAGCGGGCCGCCCGCAAGUGAAAUUUCGUGGUUCUAA